AUGGCAUUUAAGAAGGCAGUAAAAGGGACUAUUCUUGCUGGAGGAGGUGCUCUUGCAACAAUUCUAGGCCUCUCUCAGUUUGCCCAUUACAGAAGGAAGCAAAUGAGCCUGGCCUAUGUUCAAGCAGCCGAGUGCGUCUCAGAACCUGUGAACAAGGAUCCUCCUUCCCGAGAAGCUCAGAUUCUGACUUUGAAAAACACAUCUGAAUUCGAUGUCCUUGUCAUUGGAGGAGGAGCGACAGGGUGUGGCUGUGCACUGGAUGCUGUCACCAGAGGACUGAAAACAGCCCUUGUAGAAAGAGAUGAUUUCUCAUCGGGGACCAGCAGCAGAAGCACUAAAUUGAUCCACGGUGGUGUGCGAUAUCUUCAGAAGGCUAUCAUGAAGUUCGACGUCGAGCAGUAUAGGAUGGUGAAAGAAGCCCUUCACGAGCGCGCCAACCUACUAGAAAUUGCUCCCCAUCUAUCAGCUCCACUGCCUAUAAUGCUUCCAGUUUACAAGUGGUGGCAGUUACCUUACUACUGGGUAGGAAUCAAACUAUACGACCUGGUAGCAGGCAGUAAUUGCCUGAAAAGCAGUUACAUCCUCAGCAAAUCGAGAGCCCUUGAGCAUUUCCCCAUGCUUCAGAAGGACAGGCUGGUAGGAGCAAUUGUCUACUAUGAUGGACAACACAACGACGCCCGGAUGAACCUUGCCAUUGCUCUCACCGCUGCCAGGUACGGGGCUGCCACAGCCAAUUACAUGGAGGUCCUGAGCUUGCUGAAGAAGAAGGACCCCAAAACGGGGAAGGAGCGCGUGAGCGGCGCGCGGUGCAGGGACGUGCUCACAGGACAGGAAUUUGAUGUGAGAGCCAAAUGCGUUAUCAAUGCCACGGGACCUUUCACAGAUGCCGUGCGCCAAAUGGAUGAUAAGGAGGCCGCAACUAUCUGCCAGCCGAGUGCGGGCGUCCACAUUGUGAUGCCUGGUUAUUACAGCCCAGAGAGCAUGGGACUUCUUGACCCCGCGACCAGUGAUGGGCGAGUUAUUUUCUUCUUGCCGUGGCAAAAGAUGACUAUAGCUGGCACUACCGACACUCCAACCGAUAUUACUCACCAUCCUAUUCCUUCGGAAGAAGAUAUCAACUUCAUUCUGAACGAAGUGCGUAACUACCUGAGUCAUGAUGUUGAAGUGAGGAGAGGGGAUGUCCUGGCAGCGUGGAGCGGUAUUCGUCCCCUUGUCACAGAUCCUAAGUCUGCAAACACUCAGUCCAUCUCCCGGAAUCAUGUUGUGGAUAUCAGCGAGAGCGGCCUCAUCACAAUAGCAGGGGGAAAGUGGACAACCUAUCGCUCUAUGGCAGAAGAUACCAUAAAUGCUGCUGUCAAGGCUCAUAAUUUGAAAGCAGGUCCAAGUAGAACAGUUGGGCUUUUUCUUCAAGGGGGCAGGGACUGGAGCCCCACACUCUACAUCAGGCUUGUCCAGGAUUAUGGACUUGAAAGUGAGGUGGCACAGCAUCUUGCCUCCACCUAUGGGGACAAGGCCUUUGAGGUGGCCAAAAUGGCAAGUGUGACUGGAAAGAGGUGGCCCAUUGUUGGAGUGCGGCUGGUGUCAGAAUUUCCAUACAUUGAAGCAGAGGUGAAGUACGGGAUUAAGGAGUAUGCCUGCACCGCAGUGGAUAUGAUUUCACGUCGCACUCGCCUGGCUUUUCUAAAUGUUCAGGCAGCAGAGGAAGCACUACCCAGGAUUGUUGAGCUGAUGGGCAGAGAACUGAAUUGGAAUGAGUCUAAAAAACAGGAAGAACUUGAAACAGCUAAGAAGUUUCUGUAUUACGAAAUGGGUUAUAAAUCUCGAUCAGAACAGUUAACAGAUAACUCUGAAAUUAGCCUGCUGCCUUCAGACAUUGACAGGUACAAGAAGAGAUUUCAUAAGUUUGAUACAGACCAAAAGGGCUUUAUUACCACUGUUGAUGUUCAGCGUGCAUUAGAGAGUAUCAAUAUCCAAAUGGAUGAAAACACACUACAUGAAAUCCUGAAUGAAGUAGAUUUGAACAAAAAUGGACAAGUUGAACUUAAUGAAUUUUUACAGCUGAUGAGUGCUAUUCAGAAAGGAAGGGUGUCCGGAAGCCGGCUGGCGAUCCUGCUGAAAACGGCAGAGGAGAACCUGGAAAGAAGGGUCCCCAUUCCGGUGGACAGAAGUUGUGGAGGAUUGUGA